AUGACAAGGGUCCUCAUCAGACUAGCACUCAGUCUUUGUGCUCUGCAAAUAUCAGGAGUGGGGGCAGACUUCAGCGAUGUCCCUCCCGGAGACGCAGUCCGCUCUCUGGCCGAGGACGAGACCGUGCUGCCCUGCGUCUACAACCCCACCAAGGAGCAGACCAUCGUCCAAGUCACCUGGAGCAAAGAGCAGGACGACGGGACCAAGCAGCAGAUCAUCAUGGUUCACCACCUCGACGGGCAGACUGCGUCUGGGGAGUGGUCUCGGCGUGUCCGCUUUAAGAACAGUGACCCCACGAAGGACUCGUCUCUGGUCAUCACCAGCACCGAGCUCAGGGACUCAGGCCACUACAGCUGCCAGGUCAGCACCUUCCCCCAGGGCAACUUCGAGAAGGAGAUGGACCUCACCGUGUGGACCGACCCCAUCUCGUCCCUGGAGCCCGUGGUGCUGGUGGAGGGCAAGUACGGAGUGGCAGCCACGUGUCGGUCCACGGCUCUGCCCACGCCGCAGCUGUCCUGGGACACGGAGCUGAGCGGACUGUCCACAAACCGCACCUCCGACAAUGGCGUGGUCACCUCCCAGUUCUCGCUCUACCCCCUGCGGAGCAUGAACCACAAGAGGCUGGACUGUCUGGUCUGGCACAGCAGCUACAAGGGCCCCAAGAGGCUCUCCAACCGCCUGCUGGUGCACUACCCUCCUCACGCAGAGAUCACUGGAUUCAAACAGGACUGGUUUCUGGGUCUGGAGAAGGCUCAGCUCAAAUGUGUGAGCGGAGGAAACCCACCACCACGCUACACAUGGCUCAGAGAUGGUAAAGCAGUCCCGGAUGGCGCAGUACCACAGCUUGAUGGUACACUGCUGUUUGAGCGUCCUCUGAUGGUGUCUGACUCCGGGAUGUACCAGUGUGUGGCGCAGAACCUGAUCGACGUGGGGAAGGCCGAGGUCAACGUCACCAUAGAAGAGAAGCAGGUCUGGCCCAUGGAGAGCAUGCUGAUGGUGGUGGUGGGGGCCGCAGCGGGGGGUCUGCUGCUGCUCAUGCUCAUUGUCAUUGUCAGCGUCACCUGUCACCACAAAAACAGGAACAAGAAACUCAAGAGGGAGCUCACCGAGAAAAAACAGGAGAUCACCACACUCUCUCGUCAGGCCUCGAUCCGGAGGAUGAACUCGGUCAGCACGGACGCCAGAGGAGCGACGGAGGAGAACAUCCCUCUGCGGGUGGAGGGCACUCUGAGGACCAGCCUGUCAUCACUGGGGGUUAGUCCCUAUGUAACUGUAAAUAUGUAA